AUGAACGAUAUUCUUUCUUUUUUUUUAUUUCAUUCAUUCCUUCUUUUUUUUAUUUCAUUCAUUCUUUCUUUCUUUUUUCUUCGAUUUUUCUCGAUUCCUCUAUUUUUAACUGUUUUCUUUUCUUUGUUUCUUUCUUUUUUUUUUCUUUUCUUGAUUCUUAAAUUAAGAACUCUCUUCUUUCUUUCUUACAUUUUUUUCUUUGCUUCAUUCAUUCUUGCUUUCUUCGAUUUUGUCUCGAUUCCGAUAUUUUUAGCUGUUUUUUCUUUCUUUUUCUUUCUCCAUUUCUUUUCUCAUUCCUAUGUUAUGAACGCUCUUUUUCUUUCUCUCGUUCAUUUUUCUUUCUUUCUUGGAUUUAUUUUUUCUCGAUUUCAACAUUUUUUUCUUUUUUUUCUUUCUUUCUUUCUUUUCUUGAUUCCUAUGUUAAGAACAUUCUUCUUUCUUUCUUCCUUUUUUUCUUUCUUUCAUUCAUUCUUCCUUUUUUCGAUUUUAUCUCGAUUCCUAUAUUUUCAACAGUUUUUCAUUCUUUUUUUUCUUUCUUCAUUUCUUUUCUCAUUCCUGUGUUAUGAACUCUCUUCUUUUCUUUUCUUUCUUUCAUUCAUUUUUAUUUCUUUCUUCGAUUUCUCGAUUCCUAUAUUUUAG